AGCGUCUGCCCGACUGGACCUGCUUCAUCAUGGCCGUCUGAAUUCAGAUCCGAAUCCCAGUCUGAUCCCCUUUUCUCAACCAUCCAUCCCGAUCGCUCUGGGAAUCAUUUCUUUGGGAUUUUACUUCAUUUGUGCCAAUGUUCAAACAUGCAGCCUCCGCCAAGAAAGGUAAAAGUGACACAGGAACUGAAGAACACGCAUACGGAGCAGCUCGGCCGCCUGCACCUCAAACACCAGACAGAAUGUGAUUUAUUGGAAGAUAUGAGAACCUACAGCCAGAAAAAGGCCACAUUGGAGAGAGAUUACGCGCAGGCCCUGCAGAAGUUGGCGAGUCAGUAUUUGAAGAGGGACUGGCCUGGGAUCAAACCAGACGACCAGAGGACAGAUUACAGGAAUGUGUAUGGAGUCUGGCGGGCGUAUCUUGAAGGCACCGUGCAGGUUACCCAGUCUCGACUCAAUGUCUGCGACAACUACAAGAACGAGAUCUCAGACCCCGCCAAAACUUUGCGCCUCUACAAGGAACAGCAGCUGAAAAAGUGUAUUGAGCAGCUGGGUCGGAUUCAGGCAGAGCUCCAGGAUUCAGUGAAGGAUCUGGCCAAGUCCAAAAAGAAAUACUUUGAGCUGGAGCAGAUGGCCCAGGCUGUGCGGGAAAAGGCCGACAUUGAGUCCAAGUCGAAGCUGGGUCUGUUCCAGUCCCGGAUAAGUUUACAGAAGGCCAGUGUGAAGUUGAAAGCGAAGAGGAGCGAUUGUAAUUCCAAAGCGACCCACGCGAGGAACGAAUAUCUUCUCACGUUGGCGGCCGCAAACGCACAUCACGACCGCUACUACCAGACCGACCUGGUCAACUGCAUCAAGGGUCUGGAGGGGAACGUAUAUGACCAUGUGAAGGAUUAUCUGAUAUCCUUUUGUCGGACCGAGCUGGAAGCGUUUCAAGCCAUCCACAGCACCUUCCAGUUCCUGCUGGAGAAGUCCAGUCGAGUGAUGCAGGACUUCAACCAGCAGCUGUUCCUGCAGGAGAACCCAGUGUUUCACAAAGCACAAGACUUCCAGUUCCAGCCCAGCGACAGCGAUACUACUCUGAGCUCUGUGCAGCAGUUGGUGGACAUUGAGCCAUCGGCAGUCAGUGUGAUGAGAAUGACUCUGGCGCAGAGUCGACAGCUGGAAUCGGAGACGGGAACCACCGAAGAACACAGUCUCAACAAAGAAGCAAGGAAAUGGGCCACACGUGUGGCUCGCGAACACAAAAACAUCAUCCAUUACAAACGGGCUCUAGAGGAAUGCGAGACGCUCGGGACUCCGCCCACGGAACAGAGCCGGAAUGAGCUGGAAUUCCGAAUAGAAGAGGCCAAGGAGAACAUCCGCAAAGCAGAGACAGUAAAGCUGAAAGCAGAAGCGCGUCUGGACCUCCUGCGGCAGGUGGGUGUUUCUGUGGACACGUGGCUGAAGAGCGCCAUGAACCAGGUGAUGGAGGAGCUGGAGAACGAGCGCUGGGCGUCUCUGCCCACCCUCACCACCCACGACCUCUCUCUGUCGACCACGGUGGACUUGGACAGAGAGGAAGGAGAAGAAUUAGAAGAGAACAUGGAGACGUAUGACGACAGCAGCUCGAGUCCAUCAGGAACCUUGAGAAACUACCCACUCACCUGCAAAGUGCUCUACUCAUACAAGGCCUCUCAGCCCGAUGAACUUACCAUCGAUGAGCAUGAGAUGUUGGAGGUUAUAGAAGAUGGAGACAUGGAGGACUGGGUCAAGGCGAGGAAUAAGUCUGGUCAGGUGGGCUACGUUCCGGAGAAGUACCUGCAGUUCCCCACAUCCAACAGCGUCCUGAGCAUGCUCCAAUCCCUCGCUGCUCUGGAUGCACGCUCGCACUCCUCCAGCAACUCCACCGAGCCUGAGCUGGCAUCAGGCAGCUUCAACGGAGACAGCAGCAUGAGUUUUGUCAAGGCCAUGUACGACUACGAGGGUCAGACGGAUGACGAGCUGUCGUUCCCGGAGGGAGCCAUCAUCCGCAUCCUCAACAAGGACAACCAGGAGGACGACGGCUUCUGGGAGGGCGAGUUUAACGGUCGAGUGGGCGUCUUUCCGUCCGUGCUGGUGGAGGACCUGACCGCCUCGGAGAACGGAGACACUCACUGGGGAACGGACACACAGGUGUCCCCGUGCCAAAGGCUCCACUCAUCACUUCCUCCUCUGCCGCUGUAUGACCAGCCUCCCUGCAGCCCGUACACGAGCCCCGAGACCAGCAGCGCUCCGUCUCUGCCCCGCUCGCCGUCUGUCAACGGAGAACACAAGCUGCCUAUCCCGCAGAAAGCCGCCGUUCAUAAUCACAAUUCCAGCUUGAGUCCAGAGAGCCCGGGUUUCUCUCAGCCGCUGAGACUCACUCCGGACGGAUCCGGCCCCGGAAAACUCAGACCUGUUCGAGCAGCACCUCCUCCUCCAAAGCAGCACGCACGCAGACAGGUGGAGAAAACCGAAGAGGUGGAGAUCACGCUGGUGUAGACUGCCCCCUUUAGUGGACUGAAAACAAACCCCUCUGACCUCGAACCCCUCCCACUCCUCACGGAAUGGGCGGGGCGUGCGUUAACCCGCCCUAUGAGCAUCCUUAGAUCCCGAGGGGGCGGAGAACAGCAUCUCGAAGGCAUCCCUUUCCACAAAAAACAAACACCUCUUUUGGCGUCACAGACUGUCUGGUGCCUUAAACCGCUUUCAUGCCAAACUCUAAUCCUUGUAUUCGUAAUUACGUUUUCUUGCAACAGGAACUUGUUUAAAAUUUCGUUGAUCCACUCGAGGCCGGUUAAUUUGUCAAAAUCGAGGUCGACGUGUAAGUGCGCGUCGCAGAAAGGAACCAAGGCAUAGCGAGAGUUUUAAAGAGGCUACACUUGCAUAUCCAUUCAGCGGCUUUUGGAGAGCCAAACAUGCAAUGCUAGGAAUUGUGGGAUGAUAACGAGAGAGAGAAAGGGGUCAGCCACGAAUAGUCCCACCAUUUACGUAUUUCACAUGUAAUAGCACAGUACAUUACUGUCGUCAUAGGAAUGUUAUAUUCACGUUAAACAUCGCAGAUCAUAACGGAGAAAGGGAACUGUACAUAAAAGGCUACGAGGAAAAAGAGCGAGGAGAACGAGGGUUAAAAAGAGAGCAAGGCUGGUUACUUCGCUCUCUUUUUUCCCCCCUCAUCGGUUUAGCUUCUUUCUGUCUUGUGUUGAUCUGAGCAAAGUACUAACAACAAAUACUAUAUCCUUUUCCUCAACUUUUCAUUAUGAAGACCAGUGUUUGUAUGUAUUACUAAUAUUUAGUCCUCAGAAACACGCGACCUGAAGACGGCGGAACGUAAUCGUGGAAAUGUACCGAUCAAUAUACAAGUAUCAGUUAAAGUGCUUUUCCAGCCUAACGCAUUUCUCAUUGUCACGUAGAGGACUGAACGGAUGUGCUGUGUUUCUUUUAUGGCAGUAUUUAGGAUGAAUGUGAUGGGGGGGAAAAACCCUGCAACAAGCACAGAAAAGGUGGAUUUUUUUUUUUUUUUUAAUAGUUGCCGACGAACGCAAACCUGUUAUCGUGUCCUAAGUGCAUUUCCUCCCUACAAGGGGCAGCUAUGUUUGUAUGUUUGUUUGUUUUUUUGCAGUUAAAGAGACAUUUCGUCUUAAAUAAGCAAUGGCUGUAAUUUAGAUGUAUCAUUUCCAUUCGUUACCACAUUCAUUUUUUUUCUUUUCCUGGAGUUUCGGCGCUUUUGACCCCUUGAUUUUAUCUGAUUUUUAAUUUUUUUUUUAUGUCCUCGUCUCCCAGCUGCCUCUAUUGGAAGAUGAAGCUGCCCGGCGCCGUGCGAUCGAUCUCGUGAGAGUGACUGAUUGUAGUUUUUCCCAUAACGUUUGAAAGAGAGCAGAGUUGCUAUGUUGAUUCCAUAAUAUAGACCGUGGAAAGAAUUUAAAAAAAAUCCAUUUUGUGAAAUGGUACCAUAGUUCUGUUAAGCAAGAACAGGGUCAUUACGAGAAGAGCGUGUGCGAGACGUGGGAGGAAGAAAAAAAAAAAGUUUGUUUGGUAGCCUUUUUUUAAUCCGAGCGGAAGAUGUUUGAGUAUCUUCCCUUUGUUUCUAUUUUCCUCUGUCACAACCUAUUUUCUUGUUGAUCUCGUUGAGAUCUUUUGAAUGUUAUCAAACUUGUUUUGAAGUUUAUGGUUAGAGGUUAAAGCCCAUUGUGUCAAAAACUGUUCUCGCCUAUACGAAACGGAACGCAAAUUUUGAUAUUUUCAUUUGCAUUUUUUUUUUUUUAAAUUACGCUCCCAGUUUUCUCGGCCAGUUUCAACUCUUUGGAGCUUCUACGAUAGCAUUAGCUGCGUAUUCUAGUUGUUUUUAUUUCUAAAGUGAUUUUAUUUGCGUUUAUUAAAAUUUGAAGGUGAUUCCGAGCUGCUAGACAAAAAAAAAAAAAAAAAAAAAAAAAAAAAAAAAAAAACAGAUGGAAUAACAACAAUUGACUGUUGCUGCAGUGACAAUAUCAGAGAACAGGUGAAAAAUAUUCUUUCUGCAUAUUAUUAGCUGUAAAAUUAUUUGUAUUUAUUGUGUACAAAUGUUAAAUAAAAAAUUGGGGAAAGUGA